GAUCCAAGAACAGGAAAACAAAUCACAGAAACAUUUGAAAAUUCGUGAGUUUUCUGGAUCUGUGUACUCUCUUUGAGGAGAUAUUUUGAUAGCAUCGGGCUACAAGAGUCUGAUCGGAAAAUGGCAACGGAGGUUGGGGAGAUGUCUCCGCCGGAAGCGACGGCGAGUCUUCUCUCUCUCGCUUCCGCCACUCAGCAACCGUACGUCUCCGAGCUCCUCUCCUUCACUCUUGAUCGUCUCCACAAGGAGCCGGAGUUGCUUCGAGUGGAUGCGGAGCGGAUUCAGAGGCAAAUGCAAGAGGUCGCUGUUGGAAAUUACCGCGCGUUUAUCACCGCUGCUGAUGCUUUGCUUGCGAUCCGUCAGGAAGUUUCCUCCAUUGAUAAGCAUCUCGAGUCUCUGAUAGGCGAAGUCCCAAAACUAACGUCUGGUUGCACAGAAUUUAUUGAUUCCGCUGAGAAUAUUCUGGAGAAGAGGAAGAUGAACCAAGCUUUGCUGGCAAAUCACAGCACUCUUCUUGACUUGCUUGAGAUUCCUCAGCUUAUGGACACUUGUGUGAGGAACGGAAAUUUUGAUGAGGCUCUUGACCUCGAAGCAUUUGUAUCUAAACUUGCAACCAUGCAUCCCAAAUUGCCUGUCAUCCAAGCACUUGCAGCGGAAGUUAGACAAACAACUCAGUCACUUCUCUCACAGCUUCUCCAGAAGCUACGCUCAAAUAUACAGUUACCAGAAUGUCUCCGGAUUAUUGGAUACUUACGGCGAAUAGGAGUCUUUGGCGAGUAUGAAAUGCGAUUGCAGUUCUUAAGAUGUCGAGAAGCAUGGCUCACUGGAAUUCUGGAGGAUCUAGACCAGAAAAAUGCUUAUGAGUAUUUGAAAGGCAUGAUAAACUGUCACAGAAUGCACUUAUUUGAUGUGGUUAAUCAAUAUCGAGCUAUUUUUGCUGAUGAUACAUCGGGGAGUGAAGAAAAUUAUGAUGGUGGACUUCUGUUUAGCUGGGCCAUGCAUCAAAUAACAUCACACCUGAAGACUCUGAAAAUUAUGCUUCCAAAGAUUACUGAAGGAGGAUCUCUAUCAAAUAUUUUGGAUCAGUGCAUGUACUGUGCGAUGGGGCUUGGUUGGGUUGGGCUAGACUUCCGGGGUUUGCUUCCUCCACUUUUUGAAGAGGCGGUUCUGAACUUAUUCUCUAAGAACAUGAGUACAGCAGUUGAGAAUUUCCAGCUAGUUUUGGAUUCACAUCGAUGGGUUCCACUACCAUCUGUUGGCUUCCCAUCAAGUGGUAUUAAUGAAGAUAGCAAAGAUGAUGUCACCCCUCCAUCAUACUUGAUGGAGCACCCGCCUCUUGCAGUUUUCAUAAACGGUGUAUCUGCUGCUUUGAACGAACUACGUCCUUGUGCCCCGCUAAGUCUGAAGAACGUUGUUGCUCAUGAACUGAUAAAAGGACUUCAGGCUGUCUCUGACUCCUUACUAAGAUACAAUACAACUCGGAUGCUUCGACUCAGUGAAUCCAAUCUCUUCCUCUCACUUUGCCGAGCUUUUGUUGAGGUGGUUUUUCCACAUUGUGCCACAUGCUUCGGCCGAUGUUAUCCAGGUGGUGCGACCAUCAUUAUGGAUGCCAAGAGCGCAUACGAAGGUCUAGGUCGCAUCUUAGCUUCAUCGUCCUCUCAAGAACCAUCCAACAAAUCUCCAAAGGUCGUCAGCACCGACAUAAAGGAUGCAUCAGAGAAUGGUGUAGCCUCCCAACCCGAAGAUAAACAAGACGAGAGUCCGAAAGAGAAAGAAGAUAACAGUCCCAUUCCAUUACAAACUCCUGAGACAGCACCCGAGUCUUAAGAGAUUUUCCAUUAUAUUUUUCUUUUGUUGUAAGAAUGAUAUGCCAAUACAUAUUAUAGAGAGACAACAAAAACUUUCAACUAAGUGAAAAAAUAUCAAUGGAUUAUCCAGAUGGGACUAUUUAUAUGUCGAAUUGAGAUUUCAUCCAAA